GUUAGGACAGUUAUAUGUCUUUUCAUUUGAUUACAGGUAUGAGCAGUCCUUCAGCUCCAUCUACUGGACACUUGUAGCUAUUUCCUGGUGUUAGUUAUUUGUUUAAUAAAGUUAGUUAUUGACCUCUGAUGUCGUAACUCCAGGUCACAGGAAGUAGGUGUUUCCAGCCUGUGCAGUUCAUCUCAUGUGCUCUCAGCUUUCUCCAUGCUAAACAGGCCCUAUGCAGCAUUGUUGUUUUACCCUUUCAUCUUUAAAUACCCAUUAAACAAGUUAACAACUUACACAGUGUGGUGCUUUGAAGAAGGGUUAUCUGCCUGUCAAUCUUACUUCAGACAGUGAGCAGGACAGAACAGUAGACAACAUCACGCAUAGCUGAUGCAAUACAGCACAGUAAAACAACAGCUGGUAUCAAGAGGCCCACACGCAGAGUGGAUUAGCAAAUACCACAGAGAUACAGUACAGCUUCAGUUAACAUAGUACCACGUGCUAACUCUUAUCAAGAUUAGACGGCAAAAUGUCCGAACGAUCAAUCAAGACCAGAUCUAGGGUGUCACAUUCAUCCAGACUCUCAAACCGCUCCCAGGUGUCUGACGCUGCGCUUUUCCGUGCAGAAGCUGCCGCUGCACUAGCUCAACUCACAUUUACUGGGAAGGAAACUGAGCUAAAAUUAGAGAAGACACGCUUAGAGGCUAUGAUGGAGGCAGACAAGGCUCGUCUGGCAGCUGAGAAAGAGGCAGAGAAGGCAAGGUUAGAAGUGGAGGCAAAGCUUCAAAUGGCACGCUUAGAAGCUUCAAUAGAGAUUCUUAAUUUACGUAAGACGGUGGCAAUUGCGAAUGCCAAGGCAGAUGCAUUAGAUGCAGUUCUCGACACUACAGAACAAGCAAGUCAGAAAUUCACUAUGCAGCCUGAUGUAAAACCAGAAACUGCUAUGCAACGUACUAAAGAAUAUGUGCUGAAACAUUCACAGGAGUACAGUCCAUCAAUGCCAAGCCUAGAAAAGCUUAGUAAAUACAGAGACAGUGAUGUUAUCCCAUCAUUUGAGCAAAAUCAUAGUAAACCUCUCCAGAACAUUCCUUUGCAAUGUGACUACAAUGUGCCCGUAGUUACCUCUACCCCACCACCAGAUGGUGCUCUGUUACAAGAACAAAAGGAUUUCAAACAAUUGUAUCCUGUUGAUGUGAAAACUCCUGCAGCCAGAGACUAUAAUGACAUUCAGAGGACUUUACCUGUUACUAAUAAAUACAGCUAUCCUCCUGUUACACAACCAGUGGUUCCUGAUAGAGGUGGUCAUUCUCCAGAGGGAGCAUACCAGUACACACCAGAUGUGAAGCCAGCGCUUCCUAUUAAGCCUGAUUCAGACCAACUUACUGGCAAUCAGCAGAUGUCAGACUUAGUGAGAUUUAUGGCACGCAGAGAAAUGAUAACAUCAGGCCUUGUUCAGUUUGAUGAGAAGCCAGAAAACUACAGGGCUUGGAAGGCGUCAUUCAAAAAUGCUAUAGAGGAUCUACACCUUUCAUACAAAGAAGAAACAGAUCUCCUAGUGAAGUGGCUAGGUCCAGAGUCCAGCAGACAAGUGAAAGGCAUUCGGGCAGUAUAUGUCAAUGAUUCUUGUAAAGGACUACAGAUGUCAUGGCAAAGGUUGAACGAAGAUUAUGGAGCUCCAGAGAAGAUAGAAAAAUCCCUGUGGGACAGUUUUGACAACUUUGGGAAUAUCUUUGAAAGAGAUUGCAGCAAGAAACUUAGAGAAUUCAGUGAUCUGGUAAUAGAACUGUUGGCAGCAAAAAAUGAAGGUUGCUUUCUAGGACUAGAUAAUCUUGAUUCCGCUAGAGGAAUAGAAGACCUUGUAAAAAAGCUGCCAGAUUCUCUAAAAAGGAAAUGGGCAUCACAUGGGACCAAGUACAAGGAAAUACAUAAUGUACUAUUCCCACCAUUCUCUUAUUUCGUGCAAUUUAUCUCUCAACAGGCAAAGAUGUACAAUGACCCAGGGUUUGCUCAGACGUUCCAGACCUUUGGUGACAACAAGCCAGAGAAAUACCGCUACAAGAACACCCCUCAGAGAAGUUCCAUCAGGGUGCACAAGACUGAAGUAUCUCAAGCUACAGGAAACUCUUUAGCUUUUACUGAUGCCAAGACCAUGGACUUAACUAAAGGAUGUCCGAUUCAUCACAAACCUCAUCCUCUGUACAAAUGCCGAGGCUUCAGAGGUAAGCCCCUUGAUGAGAGAAAGACUUUCUUAAAACAAAACAAUAUUUGUUACCGUUGCUGUGCCUCAAAUGCACACCUUGCGAAAGACUGUGACAAAUCAGUUAGCUGUACAGAGUGCAACAGUGACAGACAUGUGUCCGCUCUUCAUCCUGGUCCUGCACCAUGGUCAGUCAGGUCUCUAGAAAGGAGUGAUCAUGGCGGGGAGGGAAAGGACAACAGUGCAGAGGCUACAGUAACUGCAACAUGUACUGAAGUGUGUGGAGGAGAUCUUCGAGACAGAUCAUGCUCUAAAAUCUGCUUAGUCAGUGUCUAUCCUACCGGACAAAAGGACAGGGCAAUCAAACUUUAUGCUAUUCUAGAUGACCAAAGUAAUAGGUCCCUGGUCAGGUCAGAGUUCUUUGAAAUCUUCGGUUCAAAAGGCCAGCAGUUUCCAUAUUCUCUCAGAACCUGUGCAGGGGUGAUUAACACUUCAGGAAGAAGAGCGCAAGGGUUUGAACUACAGUCUCUUGAUGGCAAAGUCACAAUCCCAUUACCCACACUCAUUGAAUGUAAUGAGAUACCAAAUGACAGGACGGAGAUCCCAACCCCAGAGGUGGCUCUUCAUCACAAACAUCUAAAGUCACUUGCUAGUGAGAUACCGAAGCUUGAUCCAUCAGCAUCUAUUCUUAUGCUGUUAGGAAGAGACAUAAUUAGGGUCCAUAAAGUGAGGCAACAGAUCAACGGACCACAUAACGCUCCCUAUGCACACAGAUUAGACACAGGAUGGGUCAUAGUGGGCAAUGUAUGCCUGAAAGGAGUCCAUAGACCAGACUUAGUACACUGUCUUUACACCAGAACCUCAGAAGAGAGCUGCAGAUCCCUCUUUCCACCUUGUCCAUACUUCUACAAUGUGAGGGAAAACUAUGACAUGAAUGUAUGUGUAACUAUGCAAUCCUCAGUGUCUACGUACAAAUCCUCUUGCAAAGAGUUUGAGGAUCAUGUAAGCCACAGUAUCUUUCAGAGAACUACAGAAGAUGAGACGAUUGCUCCUUCUCUGGAAGAUCUUGCCUUUAUGAAAACGAUGAAGGAGGGUUUCUACAGAGCAGAAGACAGUAGCUGGGUAGCUCCUCUACCCUUCAAACCAGAAAGAAAGCAGCUACCAAAUAACAAAGAACAAGUCUUGCAACGUUUCAGGUCCCUACAGAGGUCUCUUAAAGUAAAACCUGAGAUGAGACAGCAUUUCUUUGCAUUUAUGGGAAAGGUAAUCCAAAAUGGCCACGCAGAGAUAGCUGCACCAGUAACCAUUCAAGGGAAAGUACUUCUUCGUGAUCUCACCUCUGAGACUCAAGAUUGGGAUGCACCCCUGCCUGAAGGUAAGAGACUGUCAUGGGAAGAUUGGAAAGAGUCCCUUCACCAGUUGAAGCACAUACAGGUAACUAGACCCUAUGUAUCUGUUUCUUGUUCUAAUGCUAAAUACAAAGAACUUUGUGUGUUUUCAGAUGCUUCCACGCAAGCAAUUGCAGCAGUGGCCUACUUAAAGGUGAUAGAUUCUGAAAGUCAGGUCCACAUAGGUUUUGUGCUAGGAAAAGCUAAGUUAGCCCCAUGUCCAGAACUUACAGUCCCACGACUCGAACUCUGUGCAGCAGUCCUCGCAGUGGAUAUAGCUGCAUUCAUAACAAAAGAAAUUGACACCAAUAUAGACUGUCAGCUACUUCACAGACAGCAGAAUAGUUUUAGGCUACAUUUGCAAUGAGAAAAGAAGAUUUUAUGUCUUUGUUAGCAACAGAGUUCAGCGAAUAAGAAGAUCCUCUCUCCCUGAACAAUGGCACUAUGUGUCAACAGAGAGCAAUCCAGCUGAUCUGGCCACAAGAUCUGUAUCAGCAGCACACCUGAAAGAUACUAUGUGGUUCACAGGUCCACCCUUCUUGAGUCAUUCUCACCACUUGAAACUAGAGACUGAAACCUUUACAUUAGUGGAUCCGGCUCAAGAUACAGAGAUUCGUCCACAAGUUACAACCUUGAGUACAACAUCCAAAGGUAAAGAACUAGGGUCUGAACGUUUUUGCAGGUUCUCUAGCUGGAAUACUUUGACGAGAGCAUUAGCACGCCUCAUUCAUGUAGCGCAUCUGUUCAAACAAAAAAGAGACAGCCAACUUGAUCAUUGUAAGGGCUGGCACCUUUGCAAAGAACUAAACUUGGUGCAUGACUUUAAGAAAGCUAGAACAGUCAUCAUACAGAAUGUUCAAAAAGAGACUUUUGCAAAAGAAAUACAGAGCAUUUUAGAAAAGGAAGGCAUGCCAAAUGAUAGUCCUCUCAGAGCAUUGGACCCUUUCAUAGAUGAAAAUGGACUACUGAGAGUAGGUGGUCGCUUGAGAAAUGCAGACCUAGGACCAGAAGAAAAGAAUCCAAUUAUUGUGCCUGGUCAUCACUACAUUGCUACCCUCAUUGUUCGUCACUAUCACAUCCAGUCGCAACACCAAGGGCGCCACAUUACAGAAGGAGCCGUCCGCUCAGCAGGAUACUGGAUAACAGGAGGAAAGAGAUGUGUGAGUAGUCUCAUCUUUAAAUGUGUCAUAUGCAAGAAACUCAGAAAUACUUGUGAAACACAAAAAAUGGCAGAUUUGCCACCUGAUAGACUGAGAACAGAUCCACCAUUCACUCACAUUGGCCUUGAUGUAUUUGGGCCAUGGACAGUCUGCUCAAGACGUACACGAGGAGGCUCUGCCGACAGCAAAAGAUGGGCAGUUCUUUUUACUUGUCUAAAUAUCAGAGCCAUUCAUAUUGAAGUGAUAGAAUCCAUGGACACUUCAAGCUUUAUAAAUUCUUUCAGAAGGCUUUUUGCUAUACGUGGUCAAGUCAAAACGAUCAGAUCUGAUCGUGGUACCAACUUCGUUGGAGCAUACCGUGAACUUGGAAUCUCUUCCAACCUUAACUAUGAAGAGAUAGAAAGUUUCCUUUCCAAACAAGAGGUGUGUUGGAUCUUUAAUCCUCCUCAUGCCUCCCACAUGGGAGGUGUGUGGGAAAGAAUGAUAGGAGUUGCAAGAAGAAUAUUAGACUCCAUGCUUCUACAGUUACCUUCAAAACUCUCUCAUGAGGUUCUCAUUACUCUAAUGGCAGAAGUGACUGCAAUAGUGAAUUCAAGGCCUCUGACCCCAGUCUCAUCAGAUCCUGAGGACCCACAAAUACUCACUCCAGCUACACUGUUGACUCAGAAGUUUGCAUCUCAUCCUGUACCUUCUGGGAACUUUGAUGGUAAAGAUCUCUAUAAAAGACAAUGGAGACAGGUUCAAAGCCUAGCCAAGGUCUUCUGGGACCGGUGGCGCAAACAGUAUCUAUCUACCCUGCAGGUAAGAAGGAAAGGGCAAUCAGAUAGACCUAACAUCAACGCAGGAGAUCUUGUCCUUCUAAAAGAUCAACAUACCAAGAGGAAUGAAUGGCCUAUGGGUCGUGUAACAAAGACUUUCCCUGAUAAAGAUGGCAAAGUUCGCAAAGUGGAAAUAAAGAUUGCCAGAGAUGGGAGUUCUACAUUAUUCUUCAGACCAGUGACAGAGCUCAUCCUUCUUCUUCAGUCUGAAGACCCUGCUCCCUGAUUGGACUAGAAUUAUUGUGGUGAUCUUACAGACACCAGGCGGGGAGUGUACUGUUAGGACAGUUAUAUGUCUUUUCAUUUGAUUACAGGUAUGAGCAGUCCUUCAGCUCCAUCUACUGGACACUUGUAGCUAUUUCCUGGUGUUAGUUAUUUGUUUAAUAAAGUUAGUUAUUGACCUCUGAUGUCGUAACUCCAGGUCACAGGAAGUAGGUGUUUCCAGCCUGUGCAGUUCAUCUCAUGUGCUCUCAGCUUUCUCCAUGCUAAACAGGCCCUAUGCAGCAUUGUUGUUUUACCCUUUCAUCUUUAAAUACCCAUUAAACAAGUUAACAACUUA